ACGCACGUUAAAAAAAAUAGCAAAGAGGGAAAAAGUUUGCAUGACUCCAUGAUCCACCAAAAAAAGUUCAAGGUUUUUGCUGAGCCUCGCUCGCGUUCCACUGCACUGCACUGAGCUAGCUGCCAAUCUUUCUCCCCUGUUGUUGACUCGACCAUUCAAAGGCUGAUAUCUCGCGUAGCUUUACAAAGGCCAGUUGUCACGGGCGGGCAAGCUGAUAAUGACUUGCCGUGGAUAUCGGGAUUUAGCUCCGCUAAUAGCACUUUGAUUGCAUUGAGAUAGAGAUAAUGCCUUGUCUAUACAACCUAAGUUUUGAGUGGCAUCACCCGGAACAUUACUAACUGAGAACACGAACAGGUAUAAUCAUCUAUGCAGUCAGAUAACAAUGUAUCAUCGAAGCGUCUCGUUCAAAUGAUUCAUUUUCGCUUGAGAUUGGCGGUUCGGCCGCGCCGGAAUUUUCGAUCAUAAGCGAGUUGCUGCUUUUCUGGAACCCCGCCUUGGCCGGCCGAUGCGAUGUCGGGUUACUCGUACGGACGAGGGACGGCUAGUCAGUUUGGUGGGGGAGGAGUAAGAGGCCAAGCAUCCUAUCCAACGAACGCUAAUGCCUCGGCGGCCCGUCCGUCUAGCGAGCACAGUUACGGAGCAAUGGCAUACCCGCAUAUACCCUCCAUCAACGAGUCUUCUGAAUUCGGGGGAAAUUAUUCUGAUCCCCACAAUUCUUAUCAGAAACAAUCGCACAACCCAUCUCAGCGGAUGAACUCGAACAUGCUUGGAGGAGAUAAUCGCAAUUUUCCAGCUCCGAAUAUGGAUGCCAGUGCUUACAAUCGUCAUUCAAAUACAGGCAUGCAAUCUGGGUAUGGAACGAUGAGCGGCUCCACCCCGAAUCGUCGGGCAUCUGUGCCCCCGAAUGUCGGCAUCGGUUCUUUCUCAAACAUGCAACGCUCGCAUUCCUACUCUGGAUCUUCGACAGACUCCGCAUAUUCAAAUAGAAACGCUAGUAUGACUCAAUCUUCCUAUCCUCAACCCAACAUGUCUAAUCAAAGUCAACAAUAUGGAGAAGGAUUUGGGCCUUAUGCUUCUCACCACAACCAGCCUGCUGCUUAUAAUCGGACAAAUGCAAUGAUGAAAUCGAGUGAGAUGUGGGACAGGACAAGUCAAACGCGAAUGGGACAGGCUCCAUAUCCCAAUCCUCAUCCAGUGAAUAUGCAUCUUCCUCAUAAAGCCAAUUCAAACCAGUACCAUCAGACCCAGUUUCCAUCAUCUCAAACUCAAAGACAAAGCACAAACUCCCAAUUGUAUGCAGCCAAUAAUACACCUGGGAUGCAUUCUUCUGAUAUGAACAUGACUGUAGCUGGUGAUGGAUCGGUGUCAUCGGAUUUGGGAAUUCGAGGGAAUCAGUGUGUGAAUCCUGGUGCUAUGAUGGGCCAGGCAUAUGGGAACAAUCAGGCAAUGUAUGGCUCUUCUGUUGGUGCAAGGAUGAGGGUGCCAAAUCAGCGCUCGUCGAUGUCCAGAGGGGGAAUGUACAACUCCAUGACAGGUGGAAACCAGGUGCCAGGGUCACUUCAGAAACUAAGACAUUAUGGACCAAUGCCUAACUCCAGUUCAGGCUAUUCGAGGACUAGUACUAGACCAGGAAAUAUGCAAAACAAUGUAGGAACAGUGAGGAAUACCGCAGGCAGUGCUUCAAAUACGAUGGGGAUGCAAGGUGUAUGGCAGGCUAAUAGUGGAUCACAGAGUGGGUAUGCCCAAUAUUCCCAGAAUCAACCCAAUGUGUCAACAAAUGUGCCUUUUAAUGGACUUCCGCAGAACAGCAAUAUGCAAAUGCAACAACCCAUGAACUACCCUAACAACAUGGGAAUGUCGAACCAGCAACAACAGCAAGCGCAGAACCAGCGGAAUUUCUCAGGAUCAGUGCCAUCGAAUGCAGGAAUGGAAAGUCUGUCUGCUCCAAGUGGGAUGUACGGACAGAGCACCACCCCAAAUACUGGCUCUGCUCCUUAUCCUUCCGCUGGUUGUACAGAUAAAGUAGAUUCCUCCUCUGCGGAAUUCCCAAGUAAUAUCUCUGCUGCUGAAACUGAAGCUAUGAUUCAGCAAUUGAACCAAGAUCGCAUUUUCAGUGCUGAAUUAGAGAAGCUUGCUAGACUAUCACGCAAUCCUACAGCAGAUGAUUUUAUUGCUGACCCUGCUGUUGCUACACCAGUUACUGGUACUGGCGAGCCCACUAAGUCUUCAUGUUCAGGGUCUAAUACCUUCCAAUCUACCAGUAUUGACGAAUUACUAGAUGGUGGAACCUGUGUCGCAUCAUCAGUUUCUGAAAAACCUUCUUGUGUCGCAAAUUCUAAUGUAAACCUUUCCCAUGCAAACUCUCAUUUGCAGUCCCCUAGUACAUCAGUUUCUGGUUCUUUCCAGUCAGGGAGUGGAGCUGUAAUGAAUCAGAACCAGCCAGAUCAGAUUGCUUCAUCAUCAUCCUCGGCACCUCAUACCCCAAAUAGUACUUCAAAUGUGGGCAAGCCUGCUCAGAACCAGAAUAAAGGACAUGCAAGUGACAAAAAUUCAGAAAGUGAUACAAACCAAGGGAAAGCUAGUGAAAGCAAUGAGAAUUCAGUGCAGCAUCUACAGCGAAUGACUCAAUCUAUCAAAGACACAAGUAAGCAGGAUGAUCUGAUGAAGGUUGCAAACUCUCAACAUGCUGAGUAUUUGAGUCACUCUUCAAGUGAUAAUUACGGAUCUCAGAACUGUAUUGCUGCUCUUUCAGCUGCCUGCCGUAAUAUCAUCGCUGACAUGGAUAGUUCGAUGCCCAAACAGAACAGUGGGCAGAAAGUUCAGAGUCCGCUCGGCAAGAACACCAAGUUUGAUGGAUCAUCGGGGUUUGGGACAAAAUCUGAUGCUCUUUCUGGUUUUGGAAGUGGUCCCCCUUCUGUUAACAGCAUGGGAGAUCAAUUUGUUGCACCGAAUAGCUGUAUGAUGACAGCUCCUCCUAAUUGUAUGCCAAUGGACUCUUAUGCUGCAUUUCCAAACAAUUUCAAUGGUGCCAACCCAAUGGCGAUGCCGGACUUUCAAGGGAAAUACCAUGAUUUUUUAGAGCAGAACCUACCUAUGCAGAUGGCUGGGAGGAGGAUAGACGAGAAACCACGGAAGGGACGUAGGAGGAGAAAGUCCGAAGAGUUCUCCACUGAACAGCUUAUUUCCUGCAGCAUGCCUCCUGUGAAACCAAAGCGAAAGUACCGCAAGAGAUCAACUCAGAAUCCGCCCAGUGUGGAAUCCAUGGAAGGACCACUUUCUGUUGAUAAUGUUGUGUUCACACCACUUAGUGAGAGUGGUUCCCAUCAAGCUGAUGACAUGGGAUAUCGUUCUGCCACCCAAACGCCAAAUUCUGCUCCCAACUCUUGGGGGAUGGAUGUGAAAAUGUCAUGUUCAGACUCAAUAAGUAUGGCGAUGUCAAUCGCGGAUGGAAAUCAGAUGGAACAUGUUUCGCAAGAUUUAUUGGAUAGUGUUUUUUCUCCCGACACAACGAUGUCAAGUACUACUAAUCAGGAAAUGCCAGAAUCGGGAAAUUGUGUUCCACAGGGUUCUUCCCCUAUCAUGCAUAAUCAGUCCCCCCUUGGUCACCAUCAUCUGAACAACAAUCAUCCUAUAGGUGCGGAUCAUAAACACAACAUGUAUCCACCUCAGUCUAACAAUAUUGGAUCUUCCACUGGAGAAGCGAAUUGUCAGUUCAUAUCAACGUCUACCCACUCUGUGAAUGGUAAUGUGAAACAAAAGGAUGUUGAGGAGGCACAUCCACUUGAAAUCUUGCAAGCACAAAUAAAAAUUCAACGAAAACAGUUUAAUCUUGGAGAAUCGCAACAACAAUCGCAAGGAGCGAAAAACACUGAGAAAAUCAGCAAAGUUGAAAAUGCUUUGCCAAGUGAUCUCGAGAUGGAUAAUUUGUUGUCAAGUGAGGAAACAUCCUGGUAUCUUUCAGAGGAUCAACCCAAAGACCAAGGAGGAGGAGGAGGAUUAUGGGAAGAUCUGUGCCCAAAAGGUCAGACAAAUACUUCCUCUAAACCUUUGCUUUUGGCUAUGCAGUCAUGAUUGUUUUGUUUCUCGCUGAGCUUCUGUUUUGCCACCUCAUGCUCUAACAUUCCAUUGAAGUUCUUCACCAAAGUUGGAUUGUUAUGUUUGUUCAAGUUACUUUGCAUGCAACUUUCAAAGUUCAACUAACUGACUUUGCUUCAUCACGCUUUUCUCUAUUCAAAAUCAUUUAUGUGUGCAGCCAUUUGUUUGUUCUUUCUUCCAAGUAUAUUAUGAGGAUGUGAAUGUUACAUCAGUUUUGAAUACUUCAGAAUAUCUUGGAAAAAACAUACUGGAAUUCUUGGAUUGUACUUGGACUAAUCAUACGUUCACCAGCACUUUUUUCAGUACUAUUUUGUUGAUCAAUAUGUCUUUUACAUUAGAAAUAUUGUUUGAUGUACCAGUAAUGUAUGAUCAGUUUAUUAAUUUCAUUAGGCCUACAUAUUGUAACAAAGGGUUUUUACGACUAUGUAAACAGCAUAGUUUUCAGAAGAAUUGAAAACCUUUUAGAAUAACAUGUACAUGUAGAAUCUGAGUCUGUCAACAUUAUGUAAGCAAUUGGAGUUGACCUCAAGAGGCCUAUGCAAGGUUAUUACAGACAAAACAUUCAAGAAUUUUAAUUCCAUUAGAUGGCUUUAAUUCAGGAUUCUUUGAUACCAGAUGUAGAUUGGUAAAUUAAUAUUUUCAUUGAGAUUUAAGAUUAGCAUGUAAAAAAACCUAAGAUUUCGAAUUUGAAAAAUGAUGCAAAUAGUGCAAACUAUUACCUUGGUCACAUCUGCUCUACGGCGGCCGUACGGCAAGUCGAAAACAGCCGUUUUAUUAAUUUAAAUUCAAACCCCUGUAUGUAGUUGGACAAAAAAAUGUUAAAACGGCUGUUUUCGACUCGCCGUACGGCCGCCGCAGAGCAAAUUUGAUCAAGGUAUUAAUUACCCCUGCAUUCAACAAAAAUCUGUUUGAACACUUACAUAAUAUAUGUAGAAAGUUGAUUUUAUCCAAUCAUAAGCAUGUGUUUUAACUUGCUUUUAAUUUCUUAGUUGCGAUUUUUUGCAGGUCUUUCUGCAACAGGGCCAUGGAGAAAAGCAGUAAAUGGAUGAAUGAGUUCAUGCAUACCUUUACUUAGAAUUGAGUUUUAAGACCAACAAAAAUUUGUUCUCUAAAUUUCAACCAAUUGUUCAAUUUCUAGAAUGAGCUUGAAUGAUUCUGUUCUAAAAAUUUGUUCUGAAAUAUUUGUAGGGAUCAUAUACAGUUCAAAUUCUUCAAACCACACUAACAGGAUGAAGGAAAAGGAAAAAAAACAGAAAGAAAGUAUUACUAGUAUAUGGACAUCACUGAAAUGAAAAAAAAAUGUUUUUUCUCACUAAGCAGGCAUUCCUUUCCUAUGACCAAUCGUUUUCAAACCUUUUCCAACUCGACAUGAACAAAAGCGUCAUGCUACCUUUAUAAACCUCGAAAUGGCUCUAAAGAAAACUUUGUAGGUCAGCUGAGUUUAUCUGUGAGUUACAUGGUCAGGUACCAACCUAGUUGAAAGCUCAAUGUUUGUUUGUUUUUUCACAAAUGUUGAUUCAAACAGCCUUGCAAGAUUCAAUUUUAAGUUCUUUUUUUUAUUGUAGCAAACCAGCAAAUUUUUUUAAGGUGGUACAAUUUUGGGGUUUAAAAAAUAGACCACUCUUCUAAUACUACAUGGUCUAAUAAUUAUUUCCCCAAGCUCUACAUAUAGGUCCUGUGGGUAUUCAAAAGUCAGUCAAAUGUAGGUUUUUUACCUGCGAGUGUGGAGUCUAUUUUUUGAUAAUUUACAGUGAUCCUAUUCUAUGAUUUACAACUGUAGUACUGAAUAACCAUAUUAAUAAUGGAUCGUAAUACAUGUACAUUAUUGUAAUUGAUAAUUAAUGGACAGUCAAAGUUCAAUGCAUUUAAAAGUCAAACAUAUCCAAACACUUAAAAGUAAUUUUAAGGUCUGUUGAUAACAAAACUUCCACUUCCAUACCACUGACUUCCAUACAAAUUAAGAAAAAUAUUUGUAAAUUAUUGAAAUCUCGAUCAAUCUAGUCAUCUGGACCAAUGAAUUGAUAGAGAAUGUUUCAUAUCUGAUCUUCCAGGACACCACAUCAGCUUGUGUGCGUAACCUGGACACGCAUCCACAAUCACAAUUGAAAUGUUCCCCAUUUAAUUCUGUAGGCCAGAUUGCUUUAAUUACUUUUGAAUUGUAAUUAAACAGACAUGACAUCAAUUCACGUAUCCCUAUCUGAAGAGUUUGAUGUACAUGAUUGACAAAGUAACCCAUCUUGUACAAAGAAAUUCCCUUUUUUUUGGGGGGGGGGGGUUAGGUGCCUAUUUGUGAUCAGAGUGGUCACAAAUAUGUGAUGGAAAACAGGAUAGAUUGUACAUUUAGAUAUCUGUGUUAGUAGCUCCAUGCACAAAUGAAACACCUUACAAUCACCAAUUUGUGAGAAAAUAAUGUACAUUGAGUAAGGAGAUUUUGAUUUUGGUCAGUAGUGAUCAAUGCAAUUACUUUCUCAUAAUGAUGUGAUUUAAUUUUAGAUGGUUCUCAUUCAGCUUUUCUGCCCCCUUUUAUUCUAAAGGUUAAAACUAGGGACAGUGAUUUUCCGUUUUAACGGUAAAUGAAACAGAAAUUCCGUUUGGUUCUUACACUUUCCAUGUAAAAAUUCAUGGAAUUCACCUUUGCAAAACGGAAUUCAGGUUUUUGCUGUGUACAUUUUCAGUGACAAAACGGAAUUUCCAUUUUUAGAUCAAGCUGAAACGGAAUUACAGAUUUUCAGAAACGGAAAAGACCAUUUUUUGAAAAGGAAAAUCACUCUCCCUAUAAAAUACAUCUUCAUAUAGGUUGAUGUAUAAGCAUUCAAAAUUCCAUAACUAUUCAAGAAAUAUGCUCUUGAUUUCUGCAAUGCUCCCUCUUCAUGAAUAUAUGGGCAACUGUAAUGAUUUCUUACUUGUUUUGAGACUUGUUGAUUGAUAAGGCUUGCAUUUCUUGUGUUAGUGAGUUUGGGGCUUGUAUAAACCUGGGCCUGUUGCUAAGAAAAAGCAAAAAAUAUUCAUUGGUAACUAUAUUUAACUGCCAUUGAACCUGUCUUGGGGGAGUUGGGGCGGUGCUUAUUGAAUCAUUGGUUUGAUAUAGCUGAACAUUGCACAUUGGGUCUAAUAGUUUGAUAGCAAAGUUAGUAACUUUUAUCCAAUGGGGUUCUGUUACCUCUGUACUUAUUAAGUCUCUAAACAAGUGACUGUUUUCCUUGUAGGUAUGAAUUUCAUGGCAACUGUCAUUACAGGGCUUGCCUUUAACUUUUUUUUAGGUGGCCAGCCGGGCCACUUGCCUAGGAGGUUUGGGUGGCCGAAUGGAAUUUCAGGUGGCCAAGAUGUUAUCCUGUUCAGAUGUAUGAAUAGCAUUAGUAACACUUGGGGAUAGCUGUUCAACUCCUGUUUUAAAUGAAUCACACAAUUGCAAGAGUAUUUGCAGUGGUUACAAAAAAUGUCUUGACAGAGAGUAUUCACUGAGUAUUGUGUUUCAAUGUGGCCGUCAUUUCCUUACACAAUUAGUAUUAUACAUCCCCCCCCCCCCAUUAGAAAAUUAUGGGGAUGACAUAGCACAGUUGUAAUCGGUAGCUGAAUUUGUCUAAAGUUUUGAGAUACAUAAUGAAAGGAAACCACAUAUUUGAGAAAUAAUGGAAAGAGCAAAAUUCAUGAUGCAGCUUGUAGGCUGUUCUAGAUUAAGAUCAUAAAUGAUAUUUACAAGAUGUUGUGUCUGAAGAGAAUAAACAUCUGAUUUAAAAAAAACCUUUUUUUGGACAAUUACAGUUUGUAAAAUCCUUGCCUAAGAAGGAAGUAAGACUGCUAGUCUUGAAAGCUGAUUUACCUCCAAAUGAACAAAGGGAGCUUGAAAGCUUGUCACCAUUUUACUACUUACAUGGCAAACUUGGCUAUGCCCUGUGUUACAAUCUUCUUAAUGGCAGCUUUUACAAAACUGAGAAUGUCAACAUGCCAUUAUUUGCCCACCUUUCAAUGGCCCCUAAUGUUUUGCAACAGACUUAGGGAAGGGGCUACUGUGUUAAAUGCACAAUUUCUGUGAAAAGAACUUUUGAAAAGAGAAGUUGGAGUACGAUUUGUAUUUUUAAUUGAUGGAUGGCGCACUUAUGCAUGAGCCAGUGUGAAAAGUAUGUUAGGAUACAUGAAAAACCUUUCAUUUGAAAUCUACAUAAAAGAUGUAGGCCUAUAUUUGUACAUGUACUUAUUUCGUUUGUCAGGAAUUAGGAUCCUUGUGUAUAGCAAUUAAUCAUAAAACUAUAAUCCCUAUUCAAUUGCAUUACAGAGUUUUAGGCUGUCUAAAAGAUGAAAAUGACUUUGUUUCAUUUUGUACAAAACAAACUAUUUUCUUUAUUUAAUACACUUCCCUUUCAGAAAAUAAGUAAGAAAACUUAAUGAAUUACAUGUAGUUGGAUAACCACUAAGUUAUGAAUUUGGUACCUCUUCUACCUUUUUUAAGGUUUUAUAGUCUGCGAUCUGUUGAGAUUACUGACUCUACAUGGUAUUGUGGAAAAUGUGCGAUACACUGAUUUAGAGAGACUAUGAAACACUGUUAAAGUCAGGCAAAGAAGUAAAUUGUAAAGUUGUAUGAUCUAGUGAGAGGUGUGCAGAAACGAUAGAGAUGCAUUAGCUCAAUUGUAUUCUUGUAGCGGACAAAGAAUCGUUCUUUGGGGCUUAUCAUCGAGGUGCUCCAAUGUGUGUACUUUGGGCAGUAGGCACGUAGCUCUAUAGAAUUGUGGAAAAUAUUUUGGAAGCAAGCCAGGGUCAGAAAAUGCUCCUUUCAUUAGCUUUUAAUUCAAUGAAAUAUAAAAGAAGAUUUUUUUUUCAUACAGGGUACAAUAUAUAAUUGAGAUGUUAUAAAAUACAUGUACAUGUACAUCAUGUAGGAUUGGUAAUGUAAAGUACAUUUAUACCUCGGUCACAUUUGCUCUACGGCGGCCGUACGGCGAGUCGAAAACAGCCGUUUUAACAUUUUUUUGGUACCAGCUACAUAUAGGUGGUUUGAAUAAAUGAAUGAAUAAAACCGCUGUUUUCGACUAGCCGUACGGCCGCCGUAGACCAAAUGUGACCGAGGUAUUACACAAAACUGAGGUGUUCCCCUCUUCUAUUAUCUGAUAAUCAUGAAUAAACAUGUAUGAAACAUUAAUGAAAUAAGUUUAAUUUCAACUUCCAUGUAUUUAGGUGCCAUAUUUAUAAUGUUACAUUGUAUUACACAUGUACAUGUAUAAUCAAAAUUUGAAUCUACCUACUGUACAUGUACAGUAGGAUGCAUGGGUUGUAUUAUUUUUAUUAGUAGGAUACUAGGGUUUAGGGGCAUUUUUCUGUUCUAAGCUUUUUCACUCUCAAAUCUGAAUCAAAUAUGAAUUACUGUUGAAGGUAAAAUUGAAUUGUUUCUAAUAAACUGUGUUUUCAGGCCUUGGUUAAAUUGUGGAAAGUUCAUCAUCUAUCAUGUACAAUCAUUGAAAAAUCAUAAUAAUAUAUAAAAGCCUAUUUGACAAAUUGUAUGUUUGGCUUCUACAUGUUGGCACCACAGUAAAUAUUUGUUGAAUUGAGAAAAAAAAAUGGCCAUUAUUGCCAAUCACUUCAUGUGAAGUGAAACAUCUGAUCCAUUAAUAUUUGCUUUUAAUAUGAUGUGGUCAAGAAAUUCAUUAUAAUUGAUUCACAUGUGACUCACCGACUUACAUUUCAAAUUUACUUUGUUCUCUUUGCGAUGCUGCUGGUAACAUCACAAUCUUGUAUGACUUCAUGAAACUAGUUGAACUUGUCUGUGUUUGUUUUUAAUUCAAAUUCAAUAUUCUUUCUUACAAUUUGGUGCUAAAAAUGUAUCUUUUGUUGACAUGGAUCUUACAUGUACAGGUGAAGAUAUUUUCAAUCAAUUGAUAUUAUAUGCAUGACACUAUGGAACAUGAUUGUAAUUCUUCCACUCUGAUAUUGUGUACAUAUAUUGGUCAAUAUUUUGGUUCUUUCUGACAGUUCAAGCAUGGAGCUAUAAUAGCUCCAUGGUUCAAGGGAAAGUCCGCCAUGUCUGUCAUCACUCAUCAAGUUAGUUUGAUAAAAGCAGAAUAAAAAACUCCUCAGAAAUAUAUAUCAACAUAAAGUUUGAUGAAAAUUCAUCAAAAGGUACAAUAUUUAUGUUUUCAAUUUUUGUAUAUUGAAAUGUCACUUGUGAGCUGCAACAUGUAAUCCUUGUGAACUAUGAAUCCCAUAAUUUUUUUUUUUAAGUACUUAAAUUAUGAAUGAAUCAAUGAAUUUUUGCACAGAAAAUAUAAUACCGGUACAUGUAAAUGAAGAUUUAAAAAAAUGACAUACCUGUAGGUGUAAAAAGGGAUCUUGAGUUUCUGAUGAAAAUGCACUUUACAUGUGUAGUCCCCAACUUUCUAUGAUAAGGAAACUAAUUAUGGAUAUUUAUUGAAAUGAUUUGGGUGCAAAAUAGAUCAAUUAAAAAAUUGUCAUUUACAAAGGAAUAUCCAUGAAACAAUAUGAUAUCAAAGGCAAAUGUAAAACCUGUUCAAUCUACUUCCAUCCUUUUGUUUGUUUCAGGUUUUUAAGCAGAUUUUGCUGUUUGAAACUCCUUUUCCAGAUGUUUGAACAUGUCGCCAUUAAUUUGAAUUUAGACACCAUAGGAUACAGAAUUUAUUUUUUCAGUAAAUUGAAAAGUGGAGUGUCAUGUAGGGCUAUAUUGCAACUUGCAAAGUGAUGUCUCUAAUUUAAAAAAAAUGAACAAUUUAUGAUUAAUACUUGUAUGUAUGUUGGUUUUUCAUUGAACCCUCAUUGAUAUUCUCCCAUUGUUCUGUUUUUACUGUAUAUUUAACUUGAGGGUAGGCUUUCCCUUCAAAUUCACUAAUUCUUACAUUGUAUUAUUCAUUAUGAUCAUGUGAACCAACCUAAAGGUUUUUAACCGAGAUUUACCUUUUUUAUCUCUUACCUUGUUUAUAUAUUUUUGACUUGAAAACCUCAGAUUAUAAAUAGAAAUGUGUAAAUUAUGAUGACCAUGUGUAUAAAAAUGUAAAUAUCACAUCUUCUAUUAUGAAUUAAAAAUGACUCCUUUGAUGCUAUUUAUCAAAAUAGGAAAACAACAUCAA